AUGCUAUCAAACACACCUCUAUAUGACUUCACAGUCAAGGUGUUGGCACCCAUCGUGCCUCAUCUUCCGCAAAGUGUGAUGCAAUGGGAAUUAGGCAAAACUCCAUUGAGCGAUAUCAAUGUGGUUGUUGCAGCAAUGAUUACAUACUUGGUCACAAUCUUUUCACUACGUGCUUAUAUUCGUAAACGUGAACCUCCAUUAAUCCCAAGCUCUUACAUCAAAUAUCCUUUCUUGGCACAUAACAUCGCUUUGAGCGUUGGAUCCGGAUGGCUUUUGGCUUUGAUGUUGGAAGAAAUCGUGCCAAUCGUUUGGCGUAAUGGACCAUACUACUCCAUUUGCAGCCCUGGUGCAUGGACAAUGCGCAUGGAAACAUUCUACAUUAUCAAUUAUUACAUCAAAUACUGGGAAUUGCUUGACACAAUCUUUAUGGUAUUCAAGGAAAAGCCAUUAACAUUCUUGCACGUUUACCAUCAUUCUGCAACCGCUUUGCUAUGCUACAGUCAAUUACAAGGAAAGACUUCCGUUUCUUGGGUGGUAAUUUGCUUGAAUUUGGCCGUUCACGUUUUGAUGUAUGCAUAUUAUGCAUUAACAUCAAUGGGAAUCCGAUGCCCAUGGAAAAAGAUGGUUACCGUUUCGCAAAUCGUACAAUUCAUCAUUGAUUUGUUCGUUGUUUACUUCGCCUCUUGGAAUUACUGGGCAUACCACAAAUGGAACAUGCCAAGUCUAUCGUACGGAACUUGCUCUGGUGAAGAAACUGCCGCCCUUUCGGGAAUGGGCGUUUUGAGCAGUUAUUUGGUCUUGUUUGUCAUCUUUUACAGAAACACAUACAAGAAAAAGCAAGGUGGUGUUAGUGGAAAACCUGCAGCUGCCGUCACAAACGGUAAAGCCAAAUAA